AUGCUGGUUAACCCUGCUGGGUUGACUGAUCCUGAGGUGAGGGCAUCUCUUGCCCAGAUAGCACAGACCAUCACUUUGCAGGCUCAGGCCAUAACUGACCAAGUCAACCGACAAAAUGUUCAAAGGGAGAACCCACCGAUUCGUACCAUGGCUGACAGGGUCUAUGACUUAAGAGGACCCCAGGAGUUUGUGGACGAGGUGCAUAAGAUCUUGGUGUCUAUGGGGGCCACCGAUACUGAGAAAGCAAACUUGGAUUCAUAUCAACUCAAAGAUGUUACACAGAGUUGGUGCAAGAUGUGGCAGGAUAGUCAAGCUUUGGGCGGAGUUACGAUCACUUGGGAGCUGUUUAAGACAGCCUUUCUGGAGAGAUUCUUCCCCAGGGAGAUGAGGGAGACAAAGGGAUUGCUGAGGAUCUCGAGGAGGAGCAUAGGGCAGCUAUGCUGCAUGACAGUAUGGACCUUUCCAGACUUAUGGUCCAUGUCCAGCAAGUGGAGGAAAGAAGAAUACACUAGGCCAGAGAAUAGGUCAAGGAAAUCCGAGGAGAAUUUUUCAAGGAAGAGUAGUACUAAAAUCAGGGACAAGCCCAGGUUUAAGAAGGGACUCUCCCACAAAGGGGAGUCAAAUUCAUCCAAGGGUCGCUAUGAUAGGAAUUCUGAGUCAAGAGUUAAGAGAAACAAUGAAGUAGAUACACUUCAGGAGAGACCACCUUGUAGGAAGUGUGGCAAACUACAUGGAGGAGAGUGUAUGAUGGGCACUAACGCUUGUUACAGUUGUGGCAAACCGGGUCAUAUGGUGAAUGAUUGUCCAAAUAGGAGAAGACAAGAACAAGGGAAGAGAAAGUUCAACCUAAUGGUCCAAGUGAAGAGGAUACAAGGAGGCAACAAUUCUUCAAUCAAGUCUAGGGGUGCAGGGGAACGUAACUCUGGUGAAGUCUCGGGUUGGUAG